AUUAACCCCCAGGGCUGAUCCAGUUUUCAGAAGUGAUCUUUGAUGAAAUAUUUGGAUUGUCUGAAAUACUUAGGAAAUACAGGCUUUUGCGUUAGAAUGCACCCCCACCCCCGCCUUCGCCACCCCAGUGAGGCAGGGUGAGGUUUAGUGGCAUCCUUUUAAAAAAGGAUUUUCUUUGUUUAUCGACAAGUUUGCUUUUCAUCAUGUCUUAGAUUAAGAAUGCUCUAACUUCUUAAGGAUUUUAUAAGUAAUAUUUCUAGAAAUGGUAAACAAUACUUGGUUUAUUGUAUAAUAUGACUUUACUUCAGACACUUUUACCCAGGAAGGAGGUAAGCAAUCAUUUAUUUGAUAAAGGCUAAUAGAAAGUUCAUCUCCUGCGGACGGUCUUUCUCCACGGGUCCCACAUGGGAAGGAAGCCCCACAUGCUUACCUUUCGGGCUUCAGUUCCUGCAUUCUGCGUUCUCCUGUUAGUGUGGUCAUCUGAUGUCAGCUGGAAGUCAAAAGUGCUGAUAAAGAGUUCUGUGCGGUAUUACACAGUAUCACAUAGCCCACAUUUUAGUGACACAAUUGAUUGUAUCAUCUAGUUCACUUGGAACAAUUAUAAUCAAACUCUCGCCCUUAAAUCCUGAACUUUUCAGAGUAAGUUAUGCAUAUGUUUCAUAUAUGUGGAAGAAAGAUACUUGCUACUAAAAUAGUAAGGAUAGCUAAGGAAAUGCCUUAUCUGUACCAUGGAAGUUUUGCAAUAACAGAAAUAGCCACGAAUACUGUAAAAAAAAAUGGGACAUUGAUUUUUGUCUUGGAAUAUAAUUUUGUCACUUUGUUACAUAUAUGUAUGUAUAUAUACACAUAUAUGUAUAUAUGUGUACAUGCACAUUUAUAUGUGUGUGUGUCUGUGUAUGUGUGUAUGUACUACCAGAAAAUGCUUACAGAGUUGUUUUAAUCAUCAGUUCUGAUGUGUGUGUGUGUGUGUGUGUAAUUUUUUGUCAACAUUCUUGGAGAAGUAUUUGCUCAGAAGUCUCAUACUUAAACCCCUAACUCUGGGUGCAGUUGUCCCUUAUGUUGGUUGUACUUUGGGCAGGUUGGUAAGGGUUUGAUGCUCUAAAGGUGGCUGUGACUGAGUCCUGGGCAGUGUGACUUCUUUGAGAUUAUAUCGCUAUACUUGACUUGGGACGUAUAUUGUAUGAGGAUUCUUUUUGAGACCUUUUCUCUGUACUCACGUGCAUGGAUAUGGAUUUAUGUAGAUAUAAUGAUGUCAUACAAGCCCUGUGUCUGUCAUGUAUCUCUGUCACCUGUCACAGGGAAAUCAUUCAGGGACACAAUGGCGCAUGCUCACUAAGAACAGCAGAUCUAUAUGGUUAGAAGCUAAAAACUGUUCUUGCUAGGGUUGGUUAUCUUUGAACAUUUUAGUUAAAGAAUACUGCUUCCUGACAAACACUUCAACUCUUAUAAAGCUUGGACUAGCAUGCCAUUACCAAAGAUCUUAAACACACAUAUAUCUAUCAAAGCAACCCCACCACUGGGGUUGAUUGAAUCAGGCAUUUUUCUCAGGAUCAAAACAAUUUCACCAUUAGAAGGUGAUUCUCUAGGUAAAACUUAGAUUUUUCAGCACAUCAAAAAUGGCCUCGGGUGAUUCUCCAGUUUACAACUUAGAAAGUUGACCUCAGUAGCAAACCUAGAGGAAGUUCUAUGUUCCCCUCUGUGAAAACUCUUUUGCUGUCUGAUUUGAGAGUGGCCCACUGAUGGUUCAGUAAACAGUACUCAGAAUACAGUGCUGCCAGGGCUAUUAAGGGUACCAUGCUCUUCCUUUGGAGCAGUCGCUUUCCACAGCUGAUGCUGAGGGAUUUCAGUGUCUACAUGAACAUUACAGAUGGAAUUAGCAACUCUUAGAGUGGUUUUUUAUUUUUGCUUUAAUUUGCUAGCUAUUGGGGAAAUGCGUUCGCAAUUUGCUUUUGCUAUAAAUGCUCUUUACAUUGUUGCAAGUGGUCUUCCUCAUAACAUCCCGCCCUCUGCUUUUGAUAGCCAGGGUUAGGGUGAGUUCUUACUGUUCUCUUGAAAUACAUUAGGGAGUUUCUUCAAAUUUACAUUAUGUCUCUUAACUUAAAAAGAAAAAUCACGUUGGAAAUGUUGAACUAGGCAAUAGUCUUUUUUUCUUUUUGAAGCUGAUGGGAUUUUUGUCAGUCAGUUUGAAUUACUUGGGAAGUUUCUGUAAGGUCAGACAUGGUCUUUUAGUUUGAACUGGAUGAUGAACAAAAUCAGUACUCUCGCAACCACAAAACACGGAGAACAUUCCACAUAAUUUGCAGUGUGGGCAGCCCAGCAUGCUUUGGUGUUUAGCUGGCUUGAGGCAGCAGGCCCUGCUUGUUAAAAAUGGAUUCUCAAGUUGACGACAAGCUGUUUCUGUCUUUGAGCUUGGCACAUAGGAUACAAUGCCUUUUGCCCCUACACCAGUAGAUAUGGACAAAACUGGCAAGUAUAAUUUGUGUGCAUUUCUGUUUGUAUGACAGAAGGUUUUGUUACUUAAUGCACGAAAUUCUAGUGUCCUGCAAAGUUCAUUCCUGAUCGCUGUAAGUGGAAGGAGCAUCUAGGUGGGAGUUUAACUCAGCUCAAAGGUUUUGGAGAAAAAUGUGUGUAUUUGCAGUUAAGAGGGUCCACUAUUGAUCACAUAUUGAAAUUAAUAGUGACAUUAUUGUUUUCAGCAUUCAUUUCAUAAAUAAUGCAAAAGAAAUUAUGCCCGUCUAGGCCCAGCUAAGAUUAAGAAAUUACCCAGUCGGAUCCUGACCUACAUGCUGACUGAUUCUUAGGUAAUUUCUAGGUGGAACCCUCAUAAUUUACUCAUGUAUUUUACAUACCUUUUGCAAAGUUUUGGCCAAAGCUUCUUGGUUAACUUUCUUCAUUUGACCAGAUGAGCUCAGUCUGUAGGAAGAACUGGGAGGAAUCCUUGAGGAGGUUGGUGCAGAAAAGACGGACAUCAUUCUGCAUUGUAGUGCUUACCUACCAAAGGGAGACACCUUGUCUUGUCCUACUUUCUUAAAGAAAAAAAAAAAAGCCUAGAAGACUUUUUUAGAGAAAGAACGAUAGUAGGGAUUUUAAAAGGCCCAAGUUUGGAUGAGAAUUAGCGUUUUGACUGGAAAUUACCUAAGAAUCAAAUAACUUGUUUGCUGGAUUUUUGGUUCUAGGCUGAAGGUGUCUGCUGCAAGUUCAUUGUUCUCUGCUGGUCUACGAAGGAGAAGGAUACUGGGUACAAAGGGGAAUGAGACAGGAAAGGACAUGUGAUCGAUCCCCUGCCUUCCAGAGGGAAGUGUUUCAGUCCAUUUCCUAUUCAGUACUAUCUUAACACUGUUGCUACUCGCUGGCUUUUCAUCCAGGUGGCAAGGGGUGGGUCCUAGUUGCUCCAUUUUGGUUAAACCCACACAAACCCAGACCAUCUGAAGUUUCAGUGUCAAACACUAGCAAGAGUCCAUUCCCAGUUUUUCUCAGUUCAUUGUCUCUCAGUACUUGCUUAUUUUCUUUGCAUUGUCUACUUCUUCCAUGGUAUAUUUAUUACCAAUUUUCAAUUCAAGGAUUGCCCAUUUUCUAUGAGUUGGGUAACUUUGCCCCCACUUAAAGCUGAAAUGCCGUUGAUGAUGUCUUCCCUCUGUUUCUUUAUUUCAUAUUUAUUUGCGUUUAAGGCUUUGGUUCCCUAGUCUUCAUUCUCAUAUGGCAAUAGUUUUUCUCAUCAUAGAAAUGACAUGUGUUUAGUAUAGGAAAUCUAUCCAGAUAAGCAGAAAGAAAGGAGGUGAUUACUGUUAGCAUUUUAUUGUAUAUUUCAUAUGUAUGUAGACUGCUCUGUGGCCACUUUCCAGGUCAUUAAAUGACAUGCAACAUUGAUGUGUUGAAUACUGUUUUCUAUACUAUGAUUUAGUGCAUGUAUGUGAUAAUAAAGGGCAGGGUGCUGUCACUGUUGCUGCUGCUCCAGCUUCUACCUCCUCCUUUUCCUUAUUCUUCCUCCUCCUGCUUUCCGUCCUCCUCUUCCUCCUCUCUUUCCUCUUCCUCUGCUACUGUAGGUCAGGGAGAAUCUUUUUAUAACCCAAUUUUUAUACUCAUCUGAGGCUGUUUACACUGAGUAACAUCACAACUGCAGAGUUUUGUGAGAGAAAUAAGGGCAUUGACCUGAAGGUCCUUUACUGUUCCUAAUGGAAAAGUCUAGUCACCCAUUAGCAUCUCCUUCUUUUUCCUCUAUAGGUCCUGCUUUUCUUCAUAGAGAAGCCCCAAGUCAGAAUUUCAAGACUGUUCUCAUUUUCUCUAAAUGAAACAAUCCCAGAUGUUCACAAAGAUUUAGCCUUAAUCCCAGGCUGUCCAUUAGUGUUCAGUCACAGCUGUAAAUGCUAUUUGCAUUUAAGGAAAUACAGCAGAUGACAGGGUGUGGGGAGAGUAUUAUUCUCUCUGCAAUUUCAGUCUCCUUUAUUCAUGCUUGUCCUCUGGCCCACACACUUUGAGGCAUACAUAAAUGCUCUGGUAUUUAAUGCAUAUUGCUUAUUAUGUAGUCAUGUUUAAAACUUAAAGAUGUUUUUCUUACCUGUGAUACCAGCUCUCAUACCCUUAACCUUGAUAAUAAAUUUGUAAGGUUUAAAUGCACAGAACUUCACUUUGAGUUCCAUCUGCACAUGUGGGUCCAUAUUUUAUCCAUAUACGUGUAUUGGUCUUUUUUUCCUCUGCCCAUAGUAUAAAAUGAUUUAUUAGCCAGACAUUAUCUUUGAAACCAGAUAUGUGUCAUGCCGAGUAUCUUUAAAAUGUGGUUAUUUCAGUAACAGAACAAGAGAUGCAGAAUGGGCAUCGACAGGAAAAGAACAUGUGUGUGAGGCUCCUCGUGCUCAGAACUGAAGUUAUCUUUAACCAUCGAACAUGACUCUCAAGUGCAUCAUGGCUGCGGUUUCCAUGCCCAUUCUUUAUUUGUAGAAUUUAGCCUCAGCCGUGCAGAGCACUGCCUCUGUCUGUCUGUCUGUCUGUCUGUCUGUCUGUCUCUGUCUGUCUCUGUCUCUCUCAUUUUUGGGACCAGCCCCCCCCCCCCCCCCCAGAAUGGAAGCUUAUUUUUUUGUCUAGAUUAAGCUUAGUUCACUGUUUUCUUCCAAACUGGUGUCUUACUCUGACUUUAUACUUGGAAUCAAGUGUUUUGCUUAGCUGAAUAUCAUUUCUCUCUUUCUUAAAUAUUGCAAAAACCCCCAUAUUGUAUUAGUCUGUAUUUUGUUGCUGGGACAAAGGCCUCCUAAAAAUGGCCUCAUGCUAGAAAGCUUUCUUUUGCUCAUCGUCUCAGGAGUUGUAGUCUAAGGUCAGCUGCCUCUAUGUCUCUGGGACUAAAGUGAAGGUUCUCAUGGUGUAAUGAGCCUAUGGAGGAAGAGGUGCAAUUCACCUUGUGAAAGUCAGAAAGCUAUAGUCUCCAAGGACAGUGUCCCAGCGCCCUACUUCUCCCAACUAGGUCUCAUCCACAGAGUUUUCAGUACCCCCAGUAAAGUCAUAAAGGUAUGACUGCAUCAGUGGCCUUUCCCACUGAUUCCAUGCUAGCUCUUGAGAUCACUAAGAUCCACUGGUCUCUGAGUGACCCACUCGCUGGUGACAAACCUGCAAUGAAUGGAUGUUGGGAACGAUGUCUCUGUAUGUUGGCAUGGAUGGAGUAGACACGCACCUGAUGAACAGGCAAAAGGAUUCUUGUGGAAGAUGGAGCUGUGUCCAUUUUCCAGAAUGUGUAUCCGAGCCCAUCAGUGGAACCUGACCUGACAGCGCUGUAUGGAAAUGCCCGAAGAGGACCCACCUUUCUGCCUCAACCUGCCAUCCUCCUAAAAACAUGGUUGUCUCAGGAGUGUUGACUGCUCCGGCAGUGUUGACUGCGCCCCAUUCUGGAACAUCCAACACGACGUUUGUAGUCUUUGAAAACUCCCACGUGAAUAUUACGGCUCCGCUACCAUUUCAGCAUCCUAGCGCUGGUCCGCUGCUUAGAUACAGCCUUGAAACCAUGACUAGCCCUGGAUUUAGCUCCUUGGCAGUGAACAGCACAGCUGUGACUCCAGCACCAGCAGUUUUUAAGAGCCUAAACUUAGCGGUUCAGAUUAUCCUUUCAGCCAUAAUGAUAUUUAUUCUCUUUGUGUCUUUCCUUGGAAACUUGGUUGUUUGCCUCAUGGUGUACCAAAAAGCUGCCAUGCGUUCUGCAAUUAACAUCCUCCUUGCCAGCCUGGCGUUUGCAGACAUGCUGCUUGCAGUACUGAACAUGCCCUUUGCUCUGGUAACUAUUCUUACUACCAGAUGGAUAUUUGGGAAAUUCUUCUGCCGGUUGUCGGCUAUGUUUUUCUGGUUGUUUGUGAUAGAGGGAGUAGCCAUCCUGCUCAUUAUUAGUAUCGAUAGGUUUCUGAUUAUAGUUCAGAGGCAAGAUAAGCUAAAUCCCUAUAGGGCUAAGGUCCUCAUUGCAGUCUCCUGGGCAACUGCUUUUUCUGUAGCUUUUCCUUUGGCCGUGGGAAACCCUGAUCUGCAGAUACCUUCCAGAGCCCCACAGUGCGUGUUUGGAUACACAACCAAUUCUGGAUACCAGGCUUAUGUGAUUUUGAUUUCACUCAUUUCCUUCUUUAUACCUUUCCUGGUCAUAUUAUAUUCAUUUAUGGGCAUCCUCAAUACCCUUCGGCAUAAUGCCUUGAGGAUUCAUAGCUACCCCGAAGGGAUAUGCCUCAGCCAGGCCAGCAAACUCGGUCUCAUGAGUCUACAGAGACCCUUCCAAAUGAGCAUCGACAUGGGCUUUAAAACACGUGCCUUUACCACCAUUCUGAUCCUCUUUGCCGUUUUCAUUGUCUGCUGGGCCCCAUUCACCACCUACAGCCUUGUGGCUACCUUCAGUAAGCACUUCUACUAUCAGCACAACUUCUUUGAGAUUAGCACCUGGCUACUCUGGCUCUGCUACCUCAAGUCUGCAUUGAACCCACUGAUAUACUACUGGAGGAUUAAGAAGUUCCACGAUGCCUGCUUAGAUAUGAUGCCCAAGUCUUUCAAGUUCUUGCCACGGCUCCCUGGUCACACAAGGCGACGGAUUCGCCCUAGUGCCGUCUACGUGUGUGGGGAACAUCGGACGGUGUUGUGAAUACCCGAACUCUUGAAACAUAUCGAGCGAUUAUGGUUUUUGAUUGACUGAGUUUUUUUUUUUUUCAUAUGGCUUCUAAAGUUUUAUUGGUUUUUAUAGUGUGUGUGUACGUGUGUGUGGGGGUGGGUGGGUGUGUAAAAGGAAUGGUAAAUACUUUGAAACCAAGGAUAUAUUGUAAGAAAGUGGUCACAUAUGUUUACCUCUAGGUUAAGAAAUGUUUUGAGUGUGUGUCGGGAGUGGAUUUUGCUAGUUCAGUUGACUGGUUUUAUUUUUGUAGCAUGAAUCGGGAUUGCGCUUCAUUGAACCUGCAGCUAACUUGAAUUGUAGGUGGUUUUUAUGCUGCUGAGUGAGGUAAGCUUAGUUGAGUUGAUCAGUUCCCUUUUCCUCUCCCACAAGCCACUGCUGCUCAUUGCUAUCUUAUCAGAGUCAAAUCCCUCUGCCUCUCAGUUGGUAGAUGUUAAGUUUUAUUUAAAAACAAAACCCAGGGAGGUUAGUGGCGUUGUAAUGGUUAUUACAGUUUACUUUGGAGCACUUUAAGAGACAAUGUACAGAUUCAUUCAGUUGUAUUUCUUAGAAUCGUUUUUAAUACAUGACAUGUUGUGUCGUGGGAGAUAUGCGCUGAUGAUGUCUAGAUAGACGGCUUUUAUUAAAAAAUGUUUUAUCUGCAUGUACAAUUUCAAAAAGGAACAUAAACGUGUAGGGAUGUUUCUAAGCACAAUGGUGAGUCUUCAGAGCACCUGGGAAACACUGAGGAGACCCAGCGCUAUUGUGAACUUCAGGGAGGAGUAGGAGAGGGUGGCUGGUCCAGCCUGAGGCCGUCCUGCUGAUUCAAAAAUCGUCACCAAUUUAGAGUGGAGGAAGAACCAGUCUGCAGUGGUGCAGUAUGCAAGGCGUUGUGCAACUGUGUCCCACUCUGCAGUGGUGCAGUAUGCAAGGCGUUGUGCAACUGUGUCCCACUCUGCAGUGGUGCAGUAUGCAAGGCGUUGUGCAACUGUGUCCCACUCUGCAGUGUUGCAGUAUGCAAGGCGUUGUGCAACUGUGUCCCACUCUGCAGUGGUGCAGUAUGUAAGACGUUGUGCAAUUGUGUCCUCGUGGCUUUAUUUCCUUUUUAAGGGUGAAGAAAGCCAAAUUUCACAGGGACAACAAUCCUGCCCAGGGACUUUGGAUGAACUGGGCUCCAGACAGACAUCUGAGAUGCAGACACAGCUCUUCCAUUGUACCACCUAGGCUCCUCACUCAUCGUAAACCUGCCAUAGUCAAGGGGAACUUCAAAUUCUCUCUCUCUCUCUCUCUCUCUCUCUCUCUCCCCCUCUCUCUCUCUCCCUCCUUCUCUCUCUCUCUCCCUCCCUCUCUCUCUCUCUCCCUCCCUCCCUCCCUCCCUCUCUCCCUCCCUCCCUCCCUUCCUCCCUCCCUCCCUCCCCUCUCCUGUCUUCUCCUUUCUGAGACAGCAUUGCAUGAAGCUCAAGUAUGCCUUGAAGUUGCUAUGUGUCUGGGAAAGACUUAGACUCUCUAAAAGACACAGCAGACCCAGCCUUUCAAACGGAACUCAAAGAUCUGAUGAUGAAUAUAAACUUGAAUCUAUAAAGCAAGUGACUGACAGUUGCCGAGUGCUCAGCUCACCUGUGUGCAGGUCUUACCCUGGCAGCUUUGGAAGUUUCCAGCAAUCUAGCGUAGUAGGGCCUUUUGUCUCAGUGCUUGCCUUAGCAGAGCUGAAGUUGUGAACAAACUCAGGUAGGUCUUCCACAGAGAAGGGAAGCUAAACCCUGGUCUGAGCUUAGAUCGGGUUUUGGGUUUCUCAUUCCUUUUUUUUUUUUUUUUUUUUUUUUAGUAGUCUGCCUGUUCUGGUGCACCCAGAACCUUGGUCAGCUUCUCUUUGUUACCAGUGGUACAGACAGAGCAGCCAGCCAGAGUGGAACUGCAGACUGAAGCCAAAAGGGCUGAAGGCAUGACCUUCUGGCUGUGUCCUGGGCUAACUCAGAUGUAUAGCACCUUUUCAGAAUUUUACUGCUUUCUGAGCCAUUGGGAAAAACAAGCCUGCAUUUCUUCAGUUACAAAAACCCAAGGUAGAUGCAAGAAUUGCUCACGUUUUACCCAACUCUGAGGGCUUUUUGUUGGCCCCCUCCACUGCCCCCAUAUGCCAGUGUAGUUAUAAGAGCCCAGCCAAUAGUAUAACUAUUGUCUGGUCUCCAGGGUUACUUUACAUCUGCUUUGCUAGCUCUUUCUUAAAAUGGGGGUCUGAAGAUCUCUGGCAUCAUAAUCAGAAAUCGGGAUGUUGGAAAUUUUUUACAACACCAAACACCUGGGAAAUUCUGCUCUUGAGGCGAUUUGAGGCAAUUGCAAUGGUGUUGUAAUUCACGUCUGCCUAAAUAGCUCUAGGGACACUUAUUUGCCACAUCAUGUUGAGGUCACUGCGUAUGAUAGCCACCUACCUCUUUAAUUUCUAAUUUAUAUUUAUCAAAGGUAGAUAUGUCCUUGUCCAUUGACAUCACAUAGGACAGUAGUAGAUAUUAGCAAUAUGUUUUUCAUUGCCAAUCUAAACCGGAUUUUAGGCAGAUAUUAAUACAGAUGUUAAAAGUUCAACUGUAGGGAAAGACAGCACUGUGAAUAUUGAUAGCUUGGUAGCUUCUGAGACUUCUUUUGUGACCAUACUUGAACUGGGUUUCUCAUUUUGUAUUCUUGCUUAUGUGCAGUUGAAGGUACUCUCUUCUGGUUUAUAGGUAAGUGCUCUGGGGAGACUGCAGAGCUAACAGAAGCAACCAUGGGGAAGCAGACAUAGAACAGUAGCUCUCUUACACUGGAUAAUCUGGUCAGACUACAGUUUACAGAUCACUUUAGAUAUUUUAAUUAUAUAUACAUUUUGAAAGUUUUAGGAAAAAAUACUGUGGUGCACCAUUAAGGAAUUUAGGUAUAAAAUUGCACGUUGCCUAUUAUUCCAUGUUUUCUUGAUGGGGAAAAUACCACUACAAACCACUGCUGACUGACAUAAGCAGAAAUUACUUAUAUUUCCUCCUAGUUAAUAUGCAUGAAAGAAAUAAGAAAAUAUUUGUUGUUAAAGAACAAAAAAGAGUAAAGAGACAUUUCAAAUAGUUUGCAGUAGUGAUAUUUAAAUUUAAUACAGGUUUGAAUAUCCGCAGGAAGGCUAACAAUAUAAAUUCCUGGGCCUCUGGGUCAAAGGUUGGAUGCAGGAAUGUUUAUUUUCUUUCUGUUGAGUAUUUUGCCUGAUUCUGGUUCAGAUGGUCCCCAGAGCACAAUUACAAGAAACACUCCUGUAGAAAAUAAGAAUUUCAUUGAAAUACUAUCUGUUUUAUCUUAGAGUAGUUGUGUGUUGGGAGCCAGUGGUGAUAGUCAACGAAAGGCAGUCUACACGGUGUGUGCCUGUCCGGUUGCCACGUGUGCUGGCACAGAUUUGGCCAGCACCAGCUUUCCUUUCUUUGCACUGGCGAAGUCUGAUGAACCAUGUGGUUUCACAGUAGGGGUCAACAAAUGACUCACUAAUUGUAAGUCAUGACUUCCACAAGGCUAAUUAGUAUAGUAUUUUUUUUUUUCCUGCAGAUGUCUCUGUAGGGCAUCUCUUCAUUAUAUGUAAUUUCCUGGAGAGAGUGAGGAAAAUGUAAAGGUUCAUCUAACUCCUAGUUCUCUGCUCAGACCGGGUGUUCAUCUGGAGCGUGGAAUAAAAUAAAAUAACCUUUCAGUCUUCAUACUCUUGUUGGUGACAAAGAGAUUUGAUUUCUUUGAUAUUUGCUUUGUUUACAUGAGAAUGUGUCGGUAUAGACCACAAACAUUUCCACAUGCUUGCUAUUUUCUCCUGUCAUGAUUUUUAUUUGACUUUUAAUUACUAGUAGAUUCAAAUUUAUUUCCAUAACCAUAAUUUUGAUGAACUGAACUUCAACUUCAUUGAAGAUACAACUUUUAUAAUAAUAAAAAUACAAAAGCACAUGUUUGUUCUUGCAAAUAAAUGUUAGUACAUUUCUUAGCUAUCUAUAGGUACUUGUCAUUUGUAAUUAAAAUUAAUUUAUUUUAAGAUGGCACCAAGCCCUUAAAUGAAUGAAAAGCUUAAUUUGGGGCUGUAAAUUUAAAUAUCGAAAGUAUGUUUAUUUGUUAAUAUUCUUAUUACAACCAAGAAAAGAGCUAUCAAUAAAAAAAUGAAUAAAUGUUUACUAUUUCUAAAGCA